AUGACAAACAUUGAAAAACCAACAAAUGGUGAAUCUGUUGUGCCUACAGACCUUACUAAACCCACUGAACCCGUGGACUUUGAUAACAUCUAUAGACUUCACCCCAGAACGUUCCCAUACCAAGAACUUUUACCCUACAAGACAGAAACCCAGAAAGAUGCACUUGCUCAUUUAGACCAUAUCGUUACAAACAUUUAUAUUGUUCUUGAGUCCUGGGACAAGGAUCAUGCCGUUGCAUCCACCAUAAACUCGACGGUUCUUCACUGGACCCGCGAACUUAACUCGUGGAUGCAACUCAAGUUUGAUAUGCCUCUUUCAACGCGUGUCAAACUUGCUCGUUUAUACUACGAGCUGGCGCUGGCAGAUGUCGAGGGAACAACUUUAGAAAGAAUUGCAAAUACCUUUGUGUGGCUUUGUGAUAACGAGACAUUUAUUCGCUACGUAAAACCUUCUGAUAUUAAAUUACGUGCAGAGCCCCUGAUGAUGGCCAUUAAGGAUCGAUUCAUUCCCGGUGAAUCAAAUCCUUUAAAACUAAGUCUUUCAAAAUCUACCUCUGCUUUAUUCAGAGUCGCAGGAAUGGCUCGCUCAUUUUACGACUACAAUGAAACUAAGGAGCUUUAUAAUCAGAUUUUGCCGCUAAUUAAAAACUUUCAAUUUUAUGCAUCGAAAUCCUUGUUUUUACUGCGUGCAAUUUCACCAUUUCUUCCUACUGAUGUCGAGAUUACUGAAAUGGAGGCUACUCAUCAGACCUAUCUUCCCACAAUUUUCUAUAUUUGGAAGUUUGUCACAAGCUCACUUUACCAUGACAUGUGCGCCAUUAAGCUAGUAUCUGACCUGGCAUUGGACAGUAUUGAAUCGAAGCUAAUAAAAAUGAGCAAGUACGGCAUGUUUACCAAGGAACAGCUUUCUUUCAUGUUUACAAACUUUCUUCGCGUCUUGGAAAUUUCAGUUUCUCAAGGUGGCUCUCCCUAUGUUUACUCUGAACAGGACUCAGCAUCUCGAAAGCAGUCUGAAAAGUCAAAAGCUGUUUACGACAUUUCUAAAAUUAUUGUUUUUUCAAUUUCAGGCAAUGAAAGUUUAGAGCCCGAUGGUAUUCUUGAACAUCUUGAGAAUUUAAUCAACUCAAUUGAGACAUUUUUCCAUCCUUCUAACAAUGGACCAUGGAGCCAUUCUAUUACCGUUCUCAUCGAAUUUCUUACUCAGCACAUGGUCUUCCGAUGGAACUCUGAACAUAAUGACGAGUUUCUUAUUCCCAAAGAACGCAGGAUCACAGACCAAGUUAAGGAUAGAUUUGUCUCUGCUCUUCGUGGUGUCGCAUUAAUGAGUAUUCACUCAAAGUCCAACUCUUCUGUUCAAAGUGCGUUAAACUGCCUUCAGGGUCUUGCAUACCUUUCGCCUAACUUGGUGUUACCAUUUGUGCUAAAGGAAGUAUACCCAUCUUUGCAAGGUGUCGUCGAAACCCACAGAACUUUGUCUUCUCUCAAGGCUCUUAGUUUUUUAACAAGAAUUAUUACACAAACUCCCAGAUAUGCUAUCCACCUGACAACACUCCUAUCACUAGCCAUUCCUGGCAUUGAUGCCAAUGAUCUCAACAAAACAUUCCAAGCCCUGAGCUUUAUACAGGCCGCUGCUCUUAAUGCACCGUUCUGGGAUCUUUCUGGUGACAUUGGUGGCGGCUUGGCCAUGGAAUAUAUUUCAAAUGAUGUUGCAUAUUUGGAGGAAUUGGUACCCGGCCCCAGCAAAGUUUCCAUUCCUGAUGAAAAACAAAAGGAGUCUUUUGUGGAGGAUGAAUUCCGUCAAACCGUUACAUCACUGCCCGAACUUGGGCCUGAACUUUUGGAACAAGUUUGGAAGUCAUCGACUUAUCUUUUCAGAGAGUUUAUAAUUGAUUUCCUUGAGCGUAUUUUUACUCUUAUUGAAAAUCUUCCUGAUCCAUCAUCCAACAAACAACGUGCUUCACAAGAAUCAAACGUCAUUAUGCUUCUCAGCCCUACAUUUAGUGCUAUUAUGGCAUCUCUUCCAGGCGAUCUUUAUGAAACAGUUCUUUCUAGAUUUUUAGAUUUUAUUUCUAACAAUGUUUACUACUCGGCGACUGAUGCUAUUGCGCUCAUUUGUUCUACAAUUGUCCGUGACAACCCACAAGGCGUUUUCCCACGAAUUUUCCCCAUGCUAAAAGCAAAUAUUGAGACAGAGAUUUUAGAAAACGGUGCUGGCUCUGUUCGCAGCGGGUCUGAAAUUCUUCCCAGAGAUAGAACUCUUAUUUGGUAUCUGUCCAUUCUUAACAUGUCUUUAAGCAAUGCAUAUGAAGAAGUCCUAAAUUUUAAAAAGGAGAUUUUAGAACUUACUAUUUUUCUUCGUGAUCAUACCAAGGGUUCCAUCGUUUUCCAUGUUUCCAAUGCGGUGCAUCAUGCCCUUAUUUCCCUUUCGUUAACUAUGAUUAAGGAUUAUGGCAUUAUUCCUGAUAGAUUUAAUAAAGUUGCCGGAAAAGAUGUUACUUUAAAAAAUUGGGGAGAAAAGAUAAAUUCCCGGGAACUAAAGUUUGAGUGGUAUACUAUUUCAAGAGAAGGCAUUGAGUAUGCUUAUGAGCUUUAUAAAGUUCACGUGGAAAAGUCUCUUGCUAAUAUUCGAGCCGUUAUUUCUUCAGAGUCCAAAUCUACAGCCUCUAUCACUGAGAUUUCUGACAUUUUGUCUAGCAAUCUUACCUACAUCAGAACUGCCACGUCUGGUAUUGCUCUUUUACUAGAUCCACACUUUCGAGAUUAUUACAAGGAUGAUUUUUCUUUUAACGAAAGUGGAAACCCUAACUCACUUGUUAUGCUUUUUAAUAAAGAAGAAUCUAGUGGGGAAGACGAUGCUGUCGAUGUCGAUGGCGAUGCUGAGGAUGACGAUGACGAGAUGUUCAGCUUUGAAAUCUAUAGCGACACUAUGAGUGACGAAGAGGAUGAUUUUCCUGUUACGGAACGUUCUGCAGAGGACGAUGGCGAGGCUGAUUUCAGUGACGAAGGACUUGACUUUAAGAAGCUCCGCGAAUACUCCACAGGAUACUUUUUUGAGAACAAUAGAUCUGAUCCUCUUUACAUCAAUAUCCAUAAGCUGCACAUCAAGGUUGCUCAUGCUCUCCAUGAAAUCCACACAUAUAUGGUUGCUGAUCGUGAAAACGAUAUUGCAUCUUUCAAGGCACUUCUGUUUGCCUACAAGGUUUGGUUCUCUGAUGUUGGUCUUGAGCGUACUGCCAAGCUUGGUGAGAGCUUUACUAGCGUCUACAAUUUUGAGUCUGGAAAGUACCGAAUGGAUGGCUUGCAUAAAGAUUUUCCUCGAUCUAUUUUGGCCAAGCGUGCUACUCUCUACCAUUACUCUAGAAUCUACCAUAAUUGUGGCCCCAAAAAAAUUACUGAUCUUGACAAGGUUCUCAUUAACGAUGUAUUGAUUACAUCCGUAUCAAUAUAUCCCAAUAUUUGCCGCACAGCACAGUCUUCACUGGAGUCCGCAGUCAAGGGUUUGUUGAAAUCUCGAACUCAUAUUGUUAACUGGAUUGUAUCUGACAUUCUCAAGUCAAUGGAAAAGAAUGAGCUUCAGCGUGCAGAAAGUGGUAUGAGAGUUUUGGCUUUGCGAAUUUUGCAGUCACAUAUCAAGAAGUCCUUCUUUAACUCUACCCAGUUUUUGAAGAUUCUCACCAACGCACUCAAGACAGACAAGUCUGUUCUUAAUGACCUUUCGCAUUUUCUUUUAGAGACUUUUGCACAAAGUGUCAGUGUUCCUGUCACUAUCAAUCUGCUCAACUAUGAUGCUUUGCAGACCCUCAAACCUGAAAAGGAUGUUUCUGCGGAAAUCAAGAAGCGCCGUGUACGCCAUGAGGCUAAAUACAAGGCUAUUAUUGCAAAGAUACCAGAAGUCGAAGACGCUCUUCUCAAGCAGUUAGAUGAAACUCAUUGGAAAAUUCUUCUUUACAGUUUGCGAUUUGUGAUUUCAUAUGCUAGCAUUGUUGAAACCAAAUUUCAGUUUCACCCUGACAUUCCUAUCAAAAUCCUUAAACUUUGCUUCAACUCUCAUCCCCAUGUUUCACAGUUUGCGGGGGCUUGCAUGCAAUGUAUUUUUAACAGAACAUUCCUUCUCGCUGCCAAUGAUUAUGACUUUAAGAAACUUGCAAGUUUUGAUAUAGGUCCCAACAAAUAUUGGGUUCCUAGUAAUGAACCAAACUUUACCGAGACAUUUAUGAAGGAGAUGUCCAAUACCGAAAAUCCUCAUUAUUAUGUUGAUGGUGCUAAGCCUGGUUGGCUUGUUUGGGGAAGUAGGAUAGCUGUAACUCGCUUAGACACAAGCGACAGCAUCAAUUUUUCCAAAGAAGACAACGAGUUUAUGUCCCAGGUUGGCGCACAUAUUGAUGCUGCUUGGAUUGAGCAGCUUGUUGUUCGGAGCAGCGAAGAAAAGACAGCACAAGAUGAGAGCGUUCAGCAACACGUCAUGUACUUCCUUGUAAACAUUUUGCGCCUUUUGGAAAUGGGCUACACAAAAGUCACUUUGGAAGAAGUUUUCAAGUGCCUCGAUGACAAGUUUGAUUCCACUGACAAGAACAGUCAUCGAUGCAUGGCUGAGUUCCUUUGCUCCUUUGCACUUUCUCUCAGCUUUUCUUCUAAGGAAUCGCGCAUCCUCAAGGAAGAGUACAUUUUCAAUAAGCUUAAGGACAUUAUUGAAAACCAUCUUUUCCGCGAUGUCCUUCGCCAUUGGAGAAAUUUCAUUUCCACCUCAUUCUCCAACAUUGACCAUCGACGACUUAAGACUGUUGUUGAUUACAUUUUCAGUUUCCGUUUAGACAGGAACUCAACUUCCGUUUUUAAGGAGACAUCUCGUACCAUGUUGUUUCAAGAACUGAACUCAUACAUUGGCUGGUCGUCACCUGUGGAUCCUGAGAUUGUAGAUCACUACUGGGCCCAUAUUGACUACCCCAAGAAGGAUGUGUGCAUCAGAGUUGGCCAGGGAAUUGCCGAGUUUUUCUUUGACCAGUUUCACGAGUCGUGUCCUUCUGUUGAGCUGUUUAUCAAAGAACAGCUAGAGUACAAAGAUGGCCUUGGUGGCUCCGCCUAUCUCUUGAAUUCCAAGUAUGAGUCCUAUAUCAAGGACGGCUUUGCAAAGCUAGAGCAUCUUCGCUUGGAAAGAAAGAACAAUGCAUCCACUCUUUCUGAAAGUGGCUCUGACGCCUAUAUCCAUACAGCUUAUACUCUUUCGCAUUUCCUGAUCCAAGCUGUAUCUUGGAGUUGUGGUGUUGGUUUGAUUCCAAUUCUUCCUACAGUCAUUAUUCCUUCGAUGCUUCAGCUUUUCACCUUAAGUGAAGACCCUGACUUAGGACGAAACGCGGUUUCUGUGUUCCGCAGAAUGGGAAAUAUGUAUUGCCCACACUCCCAACUUCAGUUCUUGAUUGACUCUAUUGUCCAGGUCUUGAGAUCCGCUGAACAUUGGCACCAGCGUCUUGCCAUUCUGGCCUUCAUCCAGACGUUCUUUUUCCGUCAACUAUUCCAAUUGUCGCACAAGCAGAGACAGCAGUUUAUUCAAGCUGCUGCUGACACACUUACUGAUUCCCAAUUAGAGGUGCGUGAAUCAGCAGCAGAAACUCUUUCUGGAAUGAUUCGAUGCUCACCAUCAGACGAGCAGGCUGCACUAAUCAAGAAACUUUACACUCAGUUUAAGCAAAGCCUGCAAAAGAAUAAGCCUAUUCGUCGCGCUUUACCACCACGAAAUGCUGAGGAAAGACGCUUGAUUUCCGGGACAAGUACGCCAAAUAGCGAAGCGCAAUCUAUUUCUAUUAAGCGUCAUGCUGCUGUUCUUGGUCUGGGCUCGCUGGUGACUGCAUUCCCAUACAAGUCUCCACCACCUAAGUGGAUUCCUCAAGUUCUCACAACACUGGCAACAGUUGCGUCGGAACCUGGCAUGACUGGCAAGAGCGUCAAGACGCUGCUCGGCUCGUUUAAGAAUACCCGCACUGACACAUGGCACAUUGAUUCUAAGGCUUUUACCUCUGAGCAGCUUGAGGAUUUGGAGGGCGUACUAUGGAGAAGUUAUUUUGUGUAG